AUGCCGCGUAAGAAGUCGGCAGCCAAGAAGGCGCAAGCCAAACCCAAGUCGCCUGAGCCAGAGGUCAAGGAGACUGUGCUCUUUGAUCAGGACGAAGCAGAGGAUGAGGAGGGAUUCACCAUCAAUGCUGAAUUCGCACGGCGCUAUGAACACAACAAGAAACGCGAGGACUUGCAUCGCUUGCAGGAGAAGUACAAGGCAGAGGGUAGCGAGGACAGUGAUAGCGAGACGGAGGACUCAGAUGGUGAGCUCAAUACGCCGCAAAUUGAUGCAACCAUCUUGAAGGUUCUCAGCAAGAUUCGGAGAAAAGACGCCGACGUGUAUAAGAGCGAUGUUCAGUUCUUCGACGAGCCUACAGAAAGUGCCUCGAAAUCAAAAACGAAGGAGGCCAAGCCAGUGACCAUUGCUGAUUUGCACAGGCAAACGCUUUUGACCGGCCAAGGCAAUGCUGAACAUGAUGGCCAGGAUUCAGACGAUGAGAUCCCGACGCAUGUGCAAGAACAAGCAGAAUUACGAGCUGCUUUCAGAACAAAAGAAGGUCAAGCCGAUAGUGACGAUGAAGUUCUGGUACGGCGAAAGAAGACGAGCGAUGAGGUGGAGGAAGAAGAUAAGGCGUACAAGGACUUCUUGGCAGAGCAACUCGCCGAGUCAGGCGAUGCAGAUGUGCUGCAGAAGCUUGAUGGUAGUGAUGCUGAGGAAGGUGAGGCCUUCUUGAUGGACUAUGUCUUGAACCGUGGCUGGCUCGACAAGGAUGCUCAAAAGCGACCAGAUUACAGCAAUCUUGUUGGCGAUGAGAGUGAAAGUGAAAGCGACUUUGAAGAAAAAGCAGAACAAUUCGAGACGGCGUACAACUUCAGGUAUGAGGAGCCAGGUGCGCUCGAGCUUGCGUCACACCCGCGAGAUGUCCCAAGUUUGCGUCGCAAAGAGGAGAAGCGUAAGAAGGAGCGAGAGAGCAAGCUGGCGAAGCAGAGCAAGCAAAAGACUGAACGCGAGGAAGAGCUCAACCGCUUACGCAACUUGAAGCGGCAAGAUCUGGAGGACAAGAUUGCGCAGAUUGAGCAAGUGACAGGCACCAAAAUGGAUUUCGCUUUGGAAGACCUUGAGGCGGAUUUUGAUGCGGACGACUGGGACAAGCGGCUGAUGAGCAAGUUUGACGAAGCAUACUACAAUGAAAAGGAUGCAGAGAAGCCAACGUGGGAUGACGAUAUCGAGCUGGACGACUUGGGCAUCGCCGAGGAUGAGGAUGCGGUUCAAGCAGACGUCGAGGAAGAUCCAGCGCCAAAGAAGCAACAAACACUCACACAUCGAGAACGCAGGGAACGGGCUGCCAAGAUUGACACGCUCGUGGACAAAGCGAUUGGCCCUGUCAACCCACUGGGUGAUGGCACAGUGUUCAAGUACCGCAAAACAGCUCCAGAAACUUUUGGCUUGAGCAUAGAAGACAUCUUGUUUGCAGAUGACAAGGAUCUGAAUGAGUUUGCAGGACUCAAGAAGCUGGCUGCCUUUAGAGAUCAGGAGAAGCGCGAAAGAGACCACAAAAAACUUGGUGCAAAGAAGCGAGUCAAGCGAUUCCAGAAGCAACUUUGGGAGGAUAGCAAGUGGGCAUCACGCGAGGUAGCGCUUGGAGAGAAAAAAGAGAGCAAGAAGCGGAAGCGUAAAGAAUAA